UCGCGGAGCUGGGCUGCCGGGGUUUCAUUUCUAAAUUCUCGGUUGGUGCCAAGAAGAGGCUGCAUUACAUCGAUCUUCUCCUCACAAUGGGAGGAACACAAGAAGAGGUAAAUUAUGUCCAUUUCUCCAUCCCCAAGAAUCUCAUGCGUUGGGCUCUAUGUGCUCUGAUCAGCUUGCCUCUCGUCUACAUCCUACUGUACUCCUAUUCAUAUUCCAUCUCAUAUAUCAAUCUCAUUUCUACAUUUCAAGCUCGCGCAAACAUCCACCCUCCUCUGCCCCCUCCUCAAGCUUGGCUGCAAUGCGAUUACAGCGACGGGAAGUGGGUGUGGGAUGAGAGCGUCGCCGGCCGGCGGUACGACAGCGAGAAUUGCGACAUGAGGCAAGCGCAGAAGUGCGUGGUUAACGGCAAGCCGGACAACGGGUACCUGCGCUGGCGGUGGCAGCCGGCGGGCUGCAACCUCUCGGCGCUCGACCCAGCGGAGUUUCUCCAUGCUGUCCGGGGCAAGCACCUGGCUUUUGUAGGGGACUCGAUCGCGCGAACCCAGGCGGAGUCCCUGGUCUGCAUCCUCUCCACCUUCUCCCGGCCGGAGACGGUGCACCAGUACGAGGAGCGCCUCGGGCGCAAGUUCUGGCGGUGGGUCUUCCCGGCGCCGCACAACGUCAACGUCUCCACGUACUGGUCACCGUUCCUGGUACGCGCCGAGGGCACGUCGGCGCACUACGCCAUGACGCAGGAAACGGUGAUCCUGGACGCGCUCACCGAGCCGUGGACGGCGGACCUGGACGCCAUGGACGUCAUGGUGGUCUCGGUAGGGCACUGGUUCCCCCGCCCAGCCAUGUACUACGACGACGGCGUAGUCUCCGGGGUGGUCUCCCGUCCGGAAGUGAACCGGACCGACAUCGGCGGCGGGUACCUCGGGGCGCACCGCACGGCGAUGCGGAGAACGCUCGACUACGUGAACGCCAAGUCGACGACGGACAAGCUCGUGGUGGUGGCGACCAUCUCGCCGGCGCACUUCGACGCCAGGUACGGACCGAACCACCGCGACGCGUGCUCGCGCCAGAAGCCGUUCGAGGAGUGGGAGGCGGAGGUUUCCGGCGCGGAGGCCGAGAUGAGGAAGGCCGUGCUGGAUGAGGCGGCGACCGCGGUGGCCCAGAGGCGGAGGUCGGGGCUACGGUUCGAGGUACUGGACGUGACGAGGCUGGCGUCCAUGCGGCCCGAUGGCCACCCGGGCAUAUACAUCUUCAGGAACGCGUUCGCCGGCCGCCAAGUGCCGGAGACGGUGGCGAACGUCGAUUGCCGCCAUUGGUGUGCACCGGGGCCGGUCGACACGUUCAACGACAUAUUGAUGAAGAUGGUGGCCGCGGCUUAAUCCAUUGAUGAUUGUUCGAGCUGUUUGCACGUUGCGGCACAACUCCAUCGCGUGCACAACCCCACCGCCGGUCAACGCACAUGCAUGAUGCGUUGGCACACAUGCAUACCACAUCGUGCAAACAAAAACCACCGUCAUGGGCAUAAUGUAUGAUGUAUCCAUUGUUUACGAAACCGGACCGGUGAGGUCCAUGGUUCAUGGUUCAGUGGUUGGACCACGCACUACGGGAAAAAUAGAGGUUGCCGUGCAGUAAUUUAUU